GCUUAGGUAAAGUAAAAAUUAUACAUGUAUACGAAGAUAGAGUAGCAUUUUGGCAAUAGCUUGUAGACAUGCUCCUGCUAUUUUAUAUUAAAUCAGUAGGACAGGAACAGGUUGAGCACGUCUCGUGUCUCGCUCCAUUCAUUCAAUUCAACAAAGGCCGUUGACAUGCCCCGUCUGGCGGCCAUUUUGGCCGCCAUGUUGUCACAACUGACAGAUGCGCCUGCGCACGGUUGGCAGCACUGACAACAACUUCGCGUCCAUAAACAAGUUUACUCGGUCGUUAAGUUAGUUAUGUUUUGAACAGUUUGUGUACAAGUAAAAUGGAAUUUAAGUAAAGAAAACCUCAACGCUUUAAAGUGCACUAUUAAGGCGAAAUGAAGGCAGUAAUUACAAAAUUCCGUGUUUUGUGCGAACUUUGUUUGGAUAGGAUCCAAUGAAAGUGCGGUUAUGUUGAGUGCUGACAGUUAAACGAAUUAUUUCGUGCGCUUUAAAGCUCUCCUUGGAAUAUGGUUUUAAGAGGCCCCCAUUCGCGCUCGCGCCGCCCGGUACAGUGAACGUGCAGGUGAACCCACGGCCACGGCUCGGAGUGACUCGCGCGCGCGUGCCCGAGUGCGACGUGCAAUGCUGCCGGCUGCAGGCGCCGCGCCCCGCCCGCCCGCCGCGCGGCCAUGGACGCCCUCAUGGACCGGUUCCGGCGCGAGCAGGGCGGCCUGCGCCGCUCGCGCUCCGUGCGCGCCUCGCUGCGCCUGAUCGGCAGCCGCCUGCGCUCCUCCAGGGACGACGAGCCCGAGCUCGACGACCACUUCAAGCGCAACAGCGUCGUCUUCAGCACGCAGGUGUGGAAGGAGUACGACGUCGUCUACAAGGGACUGGACGGGACCUACAACCCGAACAAGACGCCAGUCAUGGCCAAGAGGAAGCUCGAGCCCGCCAAGAUGCGGCGGAAGAGCGGGGACAUAGACUUGACGCUGAAGCCGGCGGUGAAGCAGGGGAAGGUGGAAAAGUCGAAAUUCAGUGACCUGUUCAAUAAGAAGCAGAAGAGCGUGUCAGCGAAGGAGCUGCUGCUGCCGCAGGCGGUGCCUCCGAAGGCGGCCGCGCUGCUGCACAUCCACUCCCCGGAGAAGGAGAAAGAUAAGGGGAAGAAGAAGUUGAAAGGGAUGGGCAAGUCGGAGUCGGCGAAGUCGAUGACGGAGCUGGUGAUCCAGCGGCGCGCGCGACGGGGCUCCGAGAGCGACAUGCUGCCGCCGGCGGGGCCGCGCGGGCUGGUCAACCCCGCCUUCGUCUACACCACGCCGCCCAAGGACCGCAAGCCGCUCUCGCCCACCGGAUACUUGAAGCUGCAAUACGGCGCGCUGCUGGAGGGGUGCGGGGCGGAGCUGCCGUCGCUGAGCGCGUGCGCGCCGCCGCCCCCGCACCUCGACCCGCGCCGCAGGAAGGAGCCACGUGACGUCGCGCCAUUGCCGCCUGUUAACAUUCAUUUGCAUGCGCUGUUCGCGGCCGUCGAACACGGCUAUUUGGACAAAGCGAGAAACAUCUUGGAAUCCACCGAUGUCGACGUCAACAGCCUCAACUCGGAUGGCCUGUCGCCGCUGGACGUGGCCGUGCUGGCCAACAACCGCCAGCUCGCCAAGAUGCUCAUGGAGUUCGGAGCCAAGGAGGGGACGCAAUUUAAGACUCCCGAGGCCAUCGGGUGCCACCUGCGGCGACUGGCUCGGGAGGCGGAGGCGCGCCUGCACGAGGUGGCCGGCCCGCCCGCCGACCGGGAUUGUACCAGAUCGUCAGCGGGCGGCGGCGCGGCGACGGGCACCACGGGCUGCGCGGGCGGCGCGGGCUCCGAGCGAGACAAGCAGGCGCUGCACUGGGAGCGCCGCGUGCGCACUCUCAAACGCCUGCUCCUGGGCUACCAGCAGGCGCGCGUGCCGCCGGCGCCGCCGCCGCCCGAGCUGGAGGUGUGCGGCUCGCACGCCGUCACCGUGCGCCUGCGCGACCUGCGCCACUUCAUGCCCGUCGUCAAGGACCCGCCCAUCAUCACCAAGUACCGAGUGGAAUGGUCAUCUCGCGGCGACUUCUCCAACAUCUGCGGCACUCGCGAGGUAGCCUCCUCAGGGGCGACCACCGGCACUAAGCUCAUGGCGGCCGGCCUGACGCGGGGACGGCGGUACUUCUUCAGAGCUUGUGCUGGGAAUGUCAAGGGCUGGGGUGGUUACACUGCGAGCACGCCGCGGAGUGUUGUGCCUAGCAGCUGGCGAGACGUCUCCACCCGAACCUUCCGCGGCGACUCCGGCGGCGCGGCGGCUGCCCUCGAGUCCCUCGCCACCGCGGCCGCCGGCGCCAGGCAGCGCCCGCCCGCGCAGCCGCCGCGCCUGCCGCGGAAGAAGACCGCCACGAUACGACAGCUGUUCACUGCCGCUAGCAAGUUCCAGAAGAACUUACGGAGGGGAGUGUACCUAGCGUGUAUACUCUACCACGAAGACAAAGUUCUGGUGACGAGCGAGGAGUUCCUGCCGGUCAUCGAGGUGGACGAGACCUACCCCACCUGCAUCUAUACGGACUUCCAUUGGCUUAUGAAGGUGGCGUGUUCGUGGGACGAGGUGAAGUCUCUCCGCUCGGACAUGGAGAAGCACACGUCGUCGUCCAUCCACUUCCGCCUCAAGCUGCUCACGGCCGCCGCGCAGAUGCAGUCCGCGCUCUGCGUGCAGGACCUAGGUCAACUCUUCCACAAGCCGCUCCGAGACAGCCACGGCACGGUGGUCCUCUCUUGCGUGAACUCCGUCAAAUCGGUCAAGUCCGUGUCUGCACUGAACUCGCGUUGGGCGCCAGUGGCCAAGCUCAGAAGAAGGGUGCUGAGCGAAGACAACACGAUCAGUGAACUGCUGAUGGCUAGCGUGCAUGAGCAGAUCGCUUAUCAUCAGGUGUCUCGAAUCCAGCUGCCCCGCGGUCUGUACCUGGGCUACUUGAAGUUGCAGUCUUCAGUGGAGGUGGUUCGAAUCGUCGCUCCAGCCAGGUCUCCCAACGUGCCGCCUCAUACGAGGGUCCGGGACAAUCCACAUGUGUCUGCAGAAGAAUGGGAGUACCUAAAGAGCCAACCAGGAGGCGGCCAGCAGGAGGAGAACACGAGCACGAGCCUCGUGUCCAUCUGCACCAACCAAGAGCGGCUGCCGUCAGAAUCUCAAGCGAUGUUCCUAGAGCAAGUGGCUGGGGCCUCGCGACGACUCUUCAAAGACAUGGAGAUAAACAACGAAAGCGCCGCCACCCACCGCAUAUACGACCUAGAGGUCAUAGAACUCAGCGGCGACGUCAGUUUCAUCAUGGUCUGUCCCCCGGCAGAACUAGCCUGCUCCGUCCCGGGACAGAAGGAGAUCCUACUCCAAAGAGGUGACCUUCUCAGUCUACCGAUACAAGCAUUCGAAAUGAUCCACCUACAGACCUACCACACCAAUAUACUGAACAAAUACUCCAAACUCAGCUGUGUGCUGGAACUAGACGUGGCGCUGGCGGCCCACUCGCAUAGGGAAGCAUUCUCUUGCACUGAACUGCAAACUGCAAAAGAAAGACUCACCAAGCUUGAAGAUCUGCAGAAUAACUUAAACACAGUGUGGAAGGCCGAGCGCUGGUUGAUGGAUCUGAUCAGCUUCGCACGAGACAAAGACAAAACUGUUUCUUCUGCUGGUAUCUUGCUCAAACAUAUUCUCGACAAGACACCACUACAGGCCUGUCUAGAUGGGGUCGAUACGCCAGGCAACGAAAAAGAUGUUAGCUUCAAAGUUGAUUUCCUUCAAAUACCUUCAAGAGAUGGAAAAAUCACCAAAACAUCUCCAGGGAGAGGGUCCUGGCCGGGUCCAGCCGGUAACGGUAACCACGCUAACCUGCAUCCAGAGUUCAGCAAAUCUGAACAGCACCUCAGCUUGGCUCCCCGUCAGACAUCCGUCUCCACCCUAAACCUUAGUGGCUCACAGUAUCUUGGCACCGAGUCUAAACAUUCCAGAAAGAAUAGCGCUGACUCUCAGUACACUCAAUCCAGUGCUAUCAGCAAUAACUACUUGAGCAGCAACUCACAGUUUGAUAUAAAGUCUUCAGGAUCUCACAAUAGCAUUAGCAGCAGACUCCCUCCGUCUAGAAGCGAAGACACACUGGUUCUUCAAAACGAAAAUAUGGAGCCGAAGGCGAGACCUCACAGUAUUAACACUAGCAUGUCAACGACCUCAAGUCCCUUGCUCACAGUAAAGGGCUACUAUCCCGGAAGCAUGAUCAGCGUCCGUGGCAAAGGAAACGUGACGUCAGAAUCCGCCCAGAGUCUGUCCAGUGACUCAGAAAGUCAGAGUUGUCCAAUAAACGCCAACACAGUUCCUGUCAAAAACCGUCCACAAUCCAAGCAUCCGCAUCGAACCUUUGUCGCUUCCAAAAGCAUGACAAACGUUAAAUCUUCAGAAGCAGACUUUGUAGAUGCUGGUCAAGAAUUAUUCGCGAAACCAGCCUCGACUGUCAAGAGACAGCCGCUAGCGGAAACUCACGAAGACGCGGAAUAUAGCAAUAAGGUUCCUAAAACCGAUGAAAGGAUGAUGAAGAGCGACAGUGAAGAUAGUAGCACCGCUAAAACUGAUACUGUCCGAUUGGCAGACCAACCAGGAAUAUUGCAGGUGUUCGCAGCAUACGAAACCGGCCUCGCUUCAGGCACUUCCCUGAAGCUGCACGUCACCCCACGAACCUCCGCGCGCGAGGUCAUCGACCUGGUCGUCAAGCAACUCAACAUGGCUGCCGUGCUGAAGGGGAAAUCUGGUCCAGUCUACGGACCAGAGAAACUGCAAGACUUCUGCCUCGUCGCUGUGAUAGGGGCUAGGGAGCGGUGUCUCCGGGACGACUUCAGGCCCCUUCAGCUACAGAACCCGUGGCGGAAGGGCCGGCUCUACGUGCGGUUGAAACACGACGUGCUCGCCGCUCUCCAGCAUUCCGCUAAACAACCCGCUUACAUCUAACUUAAGUUCACGUAUUUGUGAGUGUGUGACCGAUUGACCCCUGAAUUAUUUUUCUAGAGACUCCAGAAUUUAACUGUAAUAGGAAUAGUAGUUGAGGCUGAUUACAUAGGCAAUUAUUUUUUUAUUCAGUGUACCUAACUUACUAUUUAUAGUGUAGCUAAGCGCUGUUCGAUUAUUUGGUGCCAAUAGUUUUCUAUAUUUGUUGAUGCUUUAAAUAGUUAGGUAAAAGUUGUGAGUAAUAAAUAGAGAUUUAACAGAAUUUUAUGGUGCUUCUCACUGUAAUGAGUUCCCGCUCAAAUAUUGUUUAUCGUUUACGUAUCUAUUAGGUUCAUGCUAGUUGUAUAUAUGAUAGUCUGGAAACAUGUGGAUUUACCUAAUACUCUCAUACCAGAGUUUCCGUAUACCACCUAUUAUAGGUACCUACUU